AUGGAGACACUUGGGGACGCGUGAAAGCGCAAUUUGGCACCGGCUGCCAGGGCCCUGAUAAAUAGGAAGUUCCUGUCUUUAGUCUCACAUCCUCUGAGGACUUUACGCAGGACUGACCACUACAAGGCCAUGGAGACUUCCACUACCAACAAUGGAUUAACUUCUGUUUUUACUGGAGACAACGUUACUCAGCACUCACCCUGUUUGUGGAGACCGUGGACUGGAAUAGAGAACAAAACCGGCGCACAUAAGGCUCAUUCCAUUCACGGAGACCUUUCUGCCGCAAAGCCCCCCAAAAUUCAUCAGGUCAUUCACCCAGUGAAGUUGUACUGGCCAAAAUCCAGAUGUUUCGAUUAUCUGUACCAGGAUGCAGAAAUGCUCCUGCGCAACUAUCCGGUCCAAGCGACCAUUUGCUUUUAUGAAGACUCCAGCAGCGAUGAAGACAGCGAAGACGAAGAGGAGGAGAUGGAAAAGGAGCUGAACUAA